CAUAAUGAGCUAUCACGCAUCAUACAUUUGUGAAAAAGGGGGAGGCGAGAUGAGUUUGCUAAUAUAAAAUUGCACUUAUGGUCACAAUAGGAUUCUACUUAGUUCAUGAAACUUAAAAGAUCUCUGGUCAUGAAUUCUAGCGCCUUUGUUCGGAUAUCAAUUUGUUUUUUCGCUAUUGCACAAUCGAGUCUUUCACUGCCAGCAAAGGUUCAGGAAAAUGAAGAACAUAACGCCGAAUCCAAAGGAACAGAUUUCCAAUUUCCAACACCAAUUGGUUCAAGGAAAGAUGACUUUGUUGUGAAGUUUAAGAAUGAACUUAUCAGAUUGUGAAAUAUCUCUGAACUACUCCGUCAACAAAACAUCACUGUACCAAACGAAAAGGAGUUUUUCACAGUAAUGCUUAAACAGAAGAAUUCGUCAGCACAGUCAUGUGGAGGGAGAUGUUACAUUGGAGAAAGACAACAGUCUAAGAGUUGUUAUUGUGAUAGGGUGUGCGAAACAUUUGGGAACUGUUGCAUUGAUUUUUACUCAAGGUGUCGUAAAAUUUCGAGUUCUUUCUUUCCGGAGAAUGUCGAAUGUGGGGAAGUCGACAGUUCGUCUUGGUCAUCUGGAGUAGUCAUGAGAUCUACGUGUGUUUCAAGUGUCAAUGCGAGCACAAAAGAGUGCCAUCCUGUCCAGAGGUUGAAUUUCACGCCACAGAAAGAACUACCUGUCUACGGCUGGAAACAUAAUCUAACUUAUAGAAGUAUUGCCUGUGCCAGGUGUAACAACGAAACAAACACGUAUUUUUGGGGUCUUGAUAUCUCAUGCGACUUCACCUCUGGACCGGGACCUGUUCCCAACAUCACUAUAAUUAAGAAGUUUCUGAAGGAAUAUGGCGAUUGUUCAUGGAAAUAUUUACCAACGCCAGACAUUGAAAAAUAUCAACAGUCUUGUGUGAUUCAUGAUUCACCAUGUUCGUCUAAAGAGCCGAGAAUGCUAUCUGUGGUCAGACAGUUGUGUGUGUUGUACGCCAUGACUUUUACAGUUGAAGAUGGACAAGUAUUGCGUAGGUAUAGAAAUCCUCACUGUGCAUUUUGUAAUCCCGAGGGAAGACUGGACACUACUGGAAAACCAGUGCGGCCAAUAGUGCCCCCUUUGAGCAUUCUACUGGAUAUAAGCACUGAUAUAGAGGAGCCAGCUGAUCCAAAACAUGUACAUCCAACAAAACCAGCUAAUACUCUAACAGUGAGCCAUGUUAUCUCACAACAGGCACUUAACUGCAGUUCAAAAUUUGAUAAUUGCACAGUUAUCUUUAGAAAUAAAACAUGUCGGGUUUUCUAUCCUGUGAAAAACCAACCAAAUCAAACGGUAUAUCCUUGGAAGGAAAGUUCUGUGAUGUUGGCGACGAAUCAGACCUCAUACAACGAGAAUGUUGUUCACAUUCUGUGUCCAGAUCAUCCGACCAUAAAGAAUGUAUGGGAGAAUGACUCAAAUGAAAACGGAAGUUCAGCUCUCUUUGUCAUCACAUUUACUGGCAUGCUUUUGUCCAUAUUCUCACUCUGUGUCCUACUCAUAGUCUACGUAUCCUUUAAGGAACUUAAAAACCUUCCUGGUCGAUGUGUUAUCAAUCUCUCUGUAGCGUUACUGCUUUAUCAAAUGAUAUUUCUCUGUGCUAAAAAGUCAACAGAAGUCGAUGUUCUUUGCAAAACAGUCGCUAUUUUGGUCCACUUUUAUAUCCUUUCUACAUUUGCAUGGAUGAGUAUCAUGGCCUUCGAUGCGGCAAUUACGUUUUCUACCAAAGUGACUGCCAGAAGAAGACAACCAUCAGACACCAAAAAGAUCUUCAUCAAAUAUUUCAUUGUGGGAUGGGAACUUCCUAUGGUAGUUGUUGGUUUGUGCUCUGCGUCGGACCUCACCGGAACUUUUCAUAUCGGAUAUGGAAAUUCGGUGUAUUGCUGGAUAUCCGACACAAAAGCGUUGACUGUUACCAUGGUG